AUGUCCGUACUCAGAACUACCUCAACCGCUAGACUCAUCGCUCUCAGGGCUCCUGCCCCCAUGUUCGUCCGAAACUACUCUCCGGAUACUCGAGCUGAGGGUGCUACCGCUUCUUCCACUUCUUUCAAAGAACGAGAACAAGCUUCCGAGACAAAGUACAUCAAAGAGCACGAAGCUGCCAAGCUCAAGGCUGCCCAAGAGAAGCUCGCUCAAGCUCAAGCCGAAGUUGACAAGCAACAAAAGAUCGUUGAUGGACAAAAGUAA